AUGGACAUUAAUCACCACUACCAGCCCGAUCCACUCGACUGGCAACAAAUUACCAUUUACGCACUGGCCGCUCUUGUUCUCUUUUCACUCUUGAGUUCACUCGUUUUCUUUAUUCGUCGCCGUCAAAAGGGCAAAAAAUCCAAGCCCAAGUGUGAGAUUGAGCAAUGUGAAAGCGACGACUUUGACAAGACCAACUACUCUUUUGGCUCGUGCAAGCCGCUGCUGCCAGUGCCACAGCUGCUAGACAGCAACUGCAGCAAGCCCUUUUCCUAUCCCAUCGUUUCGCAUCAAACUCUGCCGCACUUGUCGUACCUGCGGUCGGCCAACAGCAGCGCUUCAAGUGACAGCAGCGGCAGUUCACCCUACAUCAAGUACAAUUACCUCAACAAUAGCCAGAAUGGCAGCAACAGUACCAUCAACCACUUUCGCUACUUGGCGUCCACGACCUCGCACACUACCGGCUCAAUAAACAGCGAGCAAACGCAGCAGACGACACUCUCCUCCCAGAGGGUAACCUCGUCCAAUGGGUCACUGCCGCCAGUCAACGAGUCAUCCGUCAGCUCGGGCUCUGGCUCGGGAACGCUGCACCUGGUGCAAAAGACGCUGGCCAGUGACAUUGAACUGGCCAAGACGCCCAUUGGUGUGGGCCGCUACGGAGAGGUGUACCAUGGCCGACGGCGAGGAGAAGAUGUGGCUGUCAAAAUUUUCUACUCGCGCGAAGAGGCCUCUUGGAAGCGCGAAAUUGAAAUUUACACGACCGUCAUUAUGCGACACGAAAACAUUCUCGGCUUUCUGGGAGCCGAUGUCACCUCGUGGAACGGCUGCACUCAGCUGUGGCUCAUUACCGAGUACCACCACCUGGGCUCGCUGUACAACUUUCUCCUGGAGCGUCCCAUCCGAAGCGUGCCCCACCUGCUGCGAAUGAUGCAGUCAAUUGUCAAUGGGCUGGAGCAUCUGCACAAUGAAAUGAUUGGCACUCUGGGCAAGCCAGCCAUUGCCCAUCGAGACUUGAAAUCGAAAAACAUUCUCAUGAAGCGCGACGGCACAUGCUGCAUCGCCGACUUUGGACUGGCAGUGGUUCAGGCGCCCAACAGCCACAGCAUCUACGGUCCCUCGCAGAGCCUGCAAACGGGCACCAAGCGGUACAUGGCGCCAGAGGUGCUCGCCGAGACGAAUAACCAGACGGACAACUUUGGCUUUUUCAGAUGUGCUGACCUCUAUUCACUGGCCCUAGUGUUUUGGGAAAUGUACAAUCGCCUAGAGCUAAACGGCGAGUCGAGCACGUACUCGGUGCCGUUUGAAAGACACGUUUCCAAGGACCCUUCCAUCGAGGAGAUGCGCCAUGUGGUGGUCACACAAAAGAUGAGGCCACAGCUAAAGGAUUACUCAAACAGUGACCAUUUUGAGAUUUUAAACUCGAUUCGCUUCUUGAUUACCGAGUGCUGGUCCGAAAAUCCCUCGGCUCGUCCGUCUUCGCUGUACACCAAGAAGAAGCUACUGGGAAUAGUUUCACGUUGA